GGGCCAGUAACUUUAAUCAUGAAAAAUCUCACCAUCGUUACCGAGUUUGUCCUCAUGGGAUUGUCCAGAAAUCCCCAGAUCCAGACCAUCCUUUUUGCACUAUUUCUGGUGAUUUACCUCUUGACCCUAAUGGGGAAUGUGAUGAUGAUCCUGGUGAUCAGAACUGAUUCUCACCUUAAGACACCCAUGUACUUCUUCCUAGGUCACCUGUCAUUUCUAGAUCUCUGUCUUUCUUCAGUAACCAUGCCCAAGAUGCUGCAGAACUUACUAAUGCAGAAGAAAACCGUAUCUGUUUGGGGCUGUGUGACCCAGAGUUUCUUUCUCAUAUUCUCUGGGAGCACAGAGGCCUGCCUACUCUCUGCCAUGGCAUAUGACCGCUAUGCUGCCAUCUGCCACCCUCUCCUCUACAGCAUGGUUAUGAAUAGGCCUUUUUGUGUCGGGAUGGUAACUGUAGCAUGGGCAGUGGGGUUCCUAAACUCCUUGCCAAACAGUCUUUUCACUUACAACUUACAUUUCUGUGGCCCCAAUAUCAUCCCUCACUUUUGCUGUGAGCUGCCUUCACUCUUCCCUCUCUCCUGCACUGACCCUACUGCCAAUGAGGCCCUUCUUGCUGGGUCAUGUGCACUGUUGGGAUUUGUGACACUUCCCCUGAUCCUCUUCUCUUAUUCCAGAAUCAUCUCUGCCAUCCUAAGCAUACGUUCUUCUGAGGGUCAAGGCAAAGCCUUCUCUACCUGUUCUUCCCACCUCACUGUGGUGCUUUUGUAUUAUGGCACAGCUUUAUUCAGAUACAUGACUCCCCUCUCCGGCUCCAAGUUGGAACAAGUGGUCUCCAUUCAGUACAGUGUGAUCACAUCCUUGCUGAACCCCAUCAUCUACAGCCUCAAGAACCAGGAGGUGAAGGCAGCUCUGUAUAAAAUGUUGAAGCAAUAA